AUGGGGCAGCCGCUCCAGACGAUUGCACUUUCUCGAAAUGAUCUUGAACAAACCUCAACUUACGAUACUUCUGCUACUUCCGAGCCACACCUAAAUCCGUGGAGAAGCAUGGAUAUCAAGCGAUGGCUGGAUGACACCUGGUUGGUAGAGGAGGAUAACAACAGCAUUGAGCAAGCUGGAGCCAGCGAAACGAAGAAGCGGAAACAAUCUCCCAGGCAUCCGUCUGACAGCUCCAUUAUCCAGCCUGCUUUUUGCACAUUCGCUACACCCCAGGAAACCACAAAUGCUCGCGAUCGAGUUCUACAGAAGGCUGAAGCAUCCACGCGUUCGUCUAGCUGUUCGAGCCGCUUGACUCGGAGCUCUAAAACUUCCAGUGACCGAUAUGAUCGAAAGCCUAGGCGCAAGACUCGGACCGAUCGAUAUGAGUACAAAGAAAGCGAAACAAAGGACUGCAGAGACCAGAACAGGAAGAAAGAAAAGCACCAUCGUAAAGCCGAACGGAAACGAAAGGGCAGGGAGAGGCGUGAGAAGCGUGGCGUGGGCAUCGUGCAGUCUUUUCAUGCAAAGAAUGUUAAAAAGGAGCGACUCACGCUCAAAUUGUCGGAUUCGGUCGGCUUGUUCGGGCGCGGGAAGGCCUCGUCGCCUGCUAAGGGUCGUGGAUUACCUGAUUUGGUUUUCUCGGAAAUGCGCUUCUUGCAAAAGCGAAAGAAGCCGUCCGAGGAACAGCAGAAGAGAGAAGCUCAAACAAAAAGGAGGAAAACCAAAGACCAGACCAGAAGUAAUGAGCAAGAGAUUUCGGCGUACUUCAAAAUGCGAGAUCAAUCAUCAAAGAUCGACCAUAUAGGACAGGUGCUUCAUGAGCCAUGCCAUCUAGUUCCAGAACGUGCUAGAUGUAGAGCUGCCGAAACAUCCGGUUUCACACAACCUGACGUGGAGCCCUCGCAGAAGGCGUCAUCAGCUCGAGAGACUCGAGGCAUGCAGCCACCUAGCAGUAGCUACUUACUAUGGUCUGAAUCGAUCAGAGCAACAAGUGUAGGAAUACCGUCAGGCGAGAUCGCCAAGGAUGAAACCUCGAUGAAACUUGUGUCAGGUGUCUCCAUACGUCCUCGAGUCGUCGGUGAUCAUUGCAAACCUAUUCACCGUGCUUUCGAGCAAAUGAGGCCAGUCAGAACAUCCGAAGAGGGCCAGCCCAGAUCACCAAUUAGGUCCAGAAGUGAGCCUGUGGUGGGAGACAUCAGCAGCCUUCCUAGUCGACCAGUCGUGCUUACGCCCAUCAUGAUUGAUUCAGGCUUGUUUACAGCUAAAGCUUCAUCAACUCCGACGAGAAACAUCAGGACAGUAUGUAGUCCAUUACAUGCACUCAAACAGCCAAAUAUCGAGCUUGAACCUCAUAAAAUAGAUCCCCAGCAAGAGGAGUAUGAAUCGGGCAUUCCUAGGGAGUUGCAUAGAAGUGCCGACGCGACUCUUACCACCUCACAUGGAGAUAUGUGCGAUAUUGAACCGAGAAGCUCUUCAUCCCUAGCUAAAAUUCUUAUGACGUGUGAAAGGGCCACCACCGGUGCACGCAUGUUGCCUGAUACAGACCAGUCGGCAACAUGUUCACCCUCAUUUGGCAUCAUGUCGUCUGAAGCAGGACCACUGGAGGCCCGGAAUUCCUUCUUUGCGUCGGCGGAUCAAUGGAAUUGGGAACAUAGGUCAGUUCAAGCCCCUUGGAUACCUGAAAUCGAAGGAGAUGGCGAAGAUCUACCGGAGGAAUAUGUUGAAGGGUCUGUACAGGGACCUGCUUUCGAGACUCUAGGCUCGACGUUUGUACAAGGUGGGAUUGACCUAUUCGAUAUUGAAAAAGGGAAUUCUGACGAGUUUGACGAAGAAUAUUGUGAUCGGAGCGAGACCAAACGGGAUGAGAAUAUAGUAUAUGAAGGACUUCGACGCCCAAAUAGGCUGUAUUGA